ACGACAUGGUUCCAUUAGUCAUGAUGUGAUCUAUGACAUAGUAAAACAGAUUCACUGGUAAAUGUGAUCAAACUUGAGAAUAUCCUUUUCAGUUUUCCUCUGCGUGGAUUUCCAAUUGGAAAAGGUUUCGGAACUUGAAGUGCAUUGAUUGGAUUAACUUUUAUAGUGGCCAGUCAAUCAGAAUGGAGACUCGGAUUGAUUUUGUACAAUCUCUUCAAAGUGACAUGUCAGUUAAUAUUCUGACAUGUUUGAAUGAUCCGGUAGAUGUCGUCCGUGCAGGGUCUGUUUCAAGCCUUUGGCACCAUUUUGUGAUUACAAAUGGGCUUUCCAAGCAACUAUGCCUGAGAACGUUCCCUCAGCUUUCUGGGAUUGCACGUAUAACUGAACCAGAUUGGAUGACAACAGAAGCAAAUGGUGUUGGGUCUCACAAUUCCAGUUGGGAUAUUCUAAAGAGAGACCACAAUGUUUAUGCUUCUCUUCUUCAUGCUAUUACAACAUUAAACACAUGUCAGAGUGAAUGCAUAGGUUAUGCAGUUAGUGCCUCGAGUACAGAUAGAUUUCCUGGCGAAAGUGUUGUCAAUACUUUAACAACUAGGGACAGAUAUCUUGGUAGACCUUCAUACUGGUCAAGUAAAGGAGAUGCUGAUCCAGAUGCCUCUGAGACACUAAUUUACAAAUUGAAAGCUGAUCUCUGUGUUAUUACUGAAAUCAGUGUACAGCCUUUUGAAGCUUUUUUCCAGCCCGGCAAGCCUAUAUACUCUGCAAAAUCUGUUCGGUUUCGGUUAGGACACCCCAAAAAUUCACUAGACAAAAAUGAUAACCUGCAAGUGUCUCAGCAACAGCCUGCUGAUGACAAGUUCAUAUGGACGUAUACAUCAGAAGAAUACCCUAUGGCACAGACAAACUGUUUGCAACACUUCAAGCUACCAGAACCAGUGCUUUGCAUUGGUGGAUAUCUGCAGAUUGAACUGUUGGGUAGAGUUCAGAGGCAACAUACGGACGACUUGUUUUACAUAUGCGUUAGUCAUGUGAAAGUCAUGGGUGGUCCUCUCUGCCCUGCAUUUGACAUAGAUAUCCUCGAACCAUCAGGGAAGUUUGUGUUGAAGUACAACCCAGAGGUUUUCCGAUGGAUGUUGCAAAGCUUUUCAGAAGACUCAAAUAUGUCUCCAAUAUCAUCAGAGGAAGAAGUGGUUGAACAUGUAGGUGUUAUGGGGUUUCUGUUACACGGUUUUCAUGGGGGGUUUGAACCCAUGGUAUGGGAUGAUGAUGAUGAAGAAAUGGAUGAACCUGGUGUACUUUAGUAGUAUGAAACUUGUAUGAUAGUCUCUUGUAUUUAGUUUUAAAAUUUCCACCAACUAACUGUCCACCUGGUGUUCUUGAGUUGUUUGCCUUUGCUAUUUGCUUGUUGUAGUUUUUCCCUAAUAUUUCAGGCUUAUAUGCAAAUAAGCAAUUAAUUCAGUCAGAAAAAAAGGUGCACAUUUGAUGUUUGUGCAUGGUAAAAGAUUACUACACCUGGUGUUACUAAAUUGGUUAAGUGAUUUGGUAAUGUGAGGAUGUAUAUUAAUUAUU